AUGAGUGUAGAUAAACUUCAAUCUAAUAAUGCUAGACUUUUUGAGGUGCUACAUUCUUUUGGAUAUUUUGUCAAAUUAUAUAAGAACUACCCAGAACAAACUUUUGGACAAAAAAUGUUGAGUAGGUUAGAAAGGCAUUGGAGUAUUUGGGAGCAACCUAUACUUAUUCUUUCUUUUUGGCUUCACCCCAGUUAUAGAACAGAAAAAUUUGACCCAAAUAUUGUAUCAAGAUUGUCUUUUUCCUUAAAAUCAUGGCUUAUUUACUAUUAUGAUUCAUGGUUUAAUGAAAAAUCUACAUCAAUUCUUUUUGAAUUUGAAAAGUAUAACCAAAUGAAAUUUCCUUAUUCAAAUGAUAUUUUUAAUCAAUAUAAGCGCAAUUUAUUAUUAUACUGGAGUUCCUUAUCAAGAGACAACAAUGAACUUGCAAAGUUGGCAUGUCAUGUUUUUGGUAUGUGCGUCAAUUCUGCUUCAGUGGAGAGAUUAUUUUCAAAAAUGAAAUUAAUACACACACCUUCUCGAAAUCAUCUUCAUUAUGAAAAGGUAUUGAAAAUAAGCCAGAUCCAUGGUGACAUAAUUAAUUUAAAAAUGGAAUCAACUAACAAUAAAUUUCAAUCUGAAAAUAUAAAUAACAUUAUGAUAGAAAAAUAG